GCUGUGGGUGGGGUUUAUUCAAUGAUUAUAAUUCAGACUGUAGACAUACUGUUCAAACUGGCAACCCUGCUACUGCUGCAAAGUUCACUCUGAGCAAGCUCUGCACAUACCUUGGACUUUUUGAGCCUAUAUUUUAAAGUCAAGGACAAUGGUUCGGGCUAAGUUUUGGACGCUCCGUCAGCACUUUGUGGGUUUUCCCAAGGACAGUGACUUUGAACUGAAAGAAGAGGACCUGCCGGAACCACAAGAUGGAGGAGUACUGCUGGAGGCAGUUUUUCUAAGUGUGGAUCCAUAUAUGAGGCCGUACAGUAGAACUCGCAUGAAGGAAGGAGAUACAAUGAUUGGAACCCAAGUGUCCAAGGUGGUGAGGAGCAGAAAUCCUAACUAUCCCAUCGGCAGUUAUGUGGUUGCAAACUGUGGCUGGAGGACACACACUCUGUCUAAUGGCUCUGACCUCAGGCUGAUUCACCCUGACUGGCCAAAAGAGCUGCCACUUUCCCUGACUCUCGGGGGUAUCGGCAUGCCAGGACUGACUGCCCUCUAUGGUCUUGAGGAGGUCUGUGAGAUCAAGGCCGGAGAAACUCUUCUGAUUAAUGCUGCAGCCGGAGCAGUGGGCUCUGUGGCUGGACAAAUCGCCAAAAUCAAGGGUUGCAGGGUGGUGGGCUGUGCAGGCUCAGAUGAGAAGGUUUCCUAUCUCAAGGAGCUUGGCUUUGACUAUGCCUUCAACUACAAGACUAUCAGCUCACUGAAAGACACGCUCCAAGAGGCAGCCCCACAAGGAUAUGACUGCUACUUCGAGAAUGUAGGUGGGGAGUUCAGCAGUGUUGUGUUGCCACAGAUGAGGGACUUUGGCAGGAUCGCCGUCUGUGGGAGCAUCUCUACGUAUAACGACACUGAUUUGCAGACAGGGCCGUAUGUUCAUGCUCAUAUGAUCUUUAAGCAGCUACGUAUGGAAGGAUUUCUGGUAUAUCGAUGGAAGCACAAAGACCAAGACUCAAUUAAGAGGCUCCUGAACUGGGUAAAAGAGGGAAAGCUCCAGUGCAGAGAACAUAUCACCAAAGGCUUUGAGAACAUGCCUGGUGCAUUCAUGGCAAUGCUCAAGGGAGCCAACACUGGCAAAGCAGUAAUAAAAGUAUAAUAGGAGCGAAUGCUUACUCACGAAAUCAUACUCAUGUUAAAAAAUUCCAAAUUUUAUCAGCUAUAAUCAUUCAGACGUGGCACAACGGUGUAAAAGUUAUUAAACAUUUCACUACAAAAUUUGUUGAUAAAAGGAGAGUGUGGUUUGAGCUAUCAGGAAAACCACUCUUUACGUCUGUGGUGAGGAGGAAGUCGUUUCAGAAUGUGUGAACUUUGAGAUGUAGGAGUUAUACCAAACUAAUUUGGGUUUCAUUUGUCAUCCAAGAACAAAAUUGGAAAAACAUUACUUGGCACAAUUGUCCACUCUGGCGCCAAAUAGUCACUAGGAUUAAAUUUUUCCUUAUUUUGAUGUUUGAUAUAAAUAUUAACCGCAUGAUGUGACCUGUAUCUGCAUGAUCUUUUGCUCAAGAUUACAUAAUUAAACAUUUUAAGCACUGUACUACUGUA